ACGUUGAGAGCCAAAGGGGAGCAGCAGUCACUCCCGCCAAGAAAGGGAUCUGUCAUUCCCGCCAAGAAAGGGAGCUGUCAUUCCCGUCUUCUAGAAAGGGAGCUGUCAUCCCCGCCAAGAAAGGGAGCUCUCAUUCCCGCCAAGAAACGGAGCUGUCAUUCCCGCCAAGAAAGGGAGCUGUCAUUCCUGCCAAGAUGGAGAACACCCAAGCAGAAGUGGCAGCAGGGCACCCGCCUGUCAAUGGUGUCAGAGGAGGAGGGACUGGAUAUGGCUGGAGUGAAUUUGGAUAUCGACAAGAUGAGUGUAUCGGUCGACAUAUCGAUGCUAGGACUCGAGCAACAGCUGCACUGCUCUCGGUCUGGCCAAUGCCCAACACCGCAAACGUGGGCCAUCAGGAACCUCCUCGCCCACUUGAGAAGGUCAACCUGCUAGCGGCAAGAGGAGAACGCGAGAGCGUGCAAAUCGCUUUGAGGCCGAAG